UGGAUUUCUUUCUCAUUCAUUCACGCUCUGCGUCUUUUUGUUUUUCUUCGUUUAAUUGCGCUUAUUUUUUAAGCAGGACAUCUCGCCGAGGCACAGACGGCCGCUGUUUUACAGCCUUCCUCGCAGCCCGUUUGGGAGACGCCGGAUGUUUUGUUGCAGACCGUCAGAGACCACUGAUCCAUCAGCCGACGUUAAGACCUCUUAGCUUUAAGGAUAAGAUUCUUAUUUAGCAACGGUUACAUAAUCAGGUGACUACUGGCGUUUUGCUCGCACGUCUUUCUGGUACGUUUAACAGCUUCUUGUUAUUUAUCCAGUCUCUGCAUUCUGCUAUAGCAAGAAAAUUCCCGUCCGUGUUCAUGCCAGAUCUGCAGCGCUUUAGUUUUCCAUACCAUAGCAUGAAUCCUUUGUUGGGGGCCAACGCGCAUCUCCAACAGCACCCGCAGCAGAUCCAAACACCAGGACACCCGGAUUCUCCCUCAGGCCUCCUUCCCGACGCCGUUUUCGGUGGACAAGACCCGGCGUCUUUUCUGCUGGGUGAGCAGGCUGGCCCAGGACCUGAUCAGCCGGGGCCUGACUUCACCGCACCCUCACAGACCUCACCUUAUCUCCACCACAACCACACCAGCCCCUAUCAGCACCGUGCUGUGCCGCAUCCCCCCGCAGCCAUGGCUCUCAGAAACGACUUAGGAUCCAACAUCAGCGUCCUCAAAACUCUCAAUCUAAGGUUCAGAUGCUUUUUGGCCAAAGUGCACGAAUUAGAGCGCAGAAAUAAGAUUUUAGAGAAGCAGCUGCAGCAGGCCCUGGAUACCAACAAGGGCUGCCAAGGGGGAUGCUGUGAGAACAGGGCGCAUACACAGGAAACAGGAGUGCAGACCGGAUUUGUUGGUACGAUACCGCUCAGGCCCGGUUCCCUCCCCUUCCAUAAUACCAACAACUCAGCUAGGAGGCCUACAACACUGUUCCCACCACCACCCACAACAGCUCUCCCUCCUGCAGCAGCUGAAAACACCAGUUCAACCCAAACAAAUACCAGUAACCCAGCCAUCAUCAUCAGCCAGUCCUCUCCCUGUGUGGACUCUCCUGGCUACGGCUCUAAAACUGUCCCCAACACCAACGCAGGCCCAGGUGGCUCCACCAAUCCCCCUCCACGGUUCCUUCCGGGCACCAUUUGGUCCUACAACCACACCCGCAAGUUUGGCCCCGGAGCGGAGCGUCUGACCAGCCCAGGAGUGUCCUGGGUGCACCCGGACGGAGUUGGGGUCCAGAUUGACACCAUCACCCCUGAGAUAAGAGCCCUGUACAAUGUCCUGGCUAAAGUGAAGAGGGAGAGAGACGAGUAUAAACGCAGAUGGGAAGAAGAAUACACUAUGAGGAUGGAUCUGCAACAGAAGAUUGCCGACCUUCAAGAGGACCUGCAGGAGAGUGAAGGCUGUCAAGAUGAACUGGCUCUCAGAGUCCAGCAGCUGAAGGCAGAGCUGGUUCUCUUCAAAGGGCUCAUGAGCAAUAACUUGUCAGAGCUGGAUAGUAAGAUCCAGGAGAAAGCCAUGAAGGUGGACAUGGACAUCUGCCGCAGAAUCGAUAUCACCGCCCGUCUGUGUGACGUAGCUCAGCAGAGGAACUGUGAAGAUGUGAUCCAAAUGUACCAGGUUCCCAAUAACCAACCAUCCUUAAACUGCCGCCGGAAACAAACUCCUCUGUCAUUUAACGGGAGUGAGUGUGACGAACCUGUCAGCACCUCUGAAAGUGACGGAGCCGUGGUCAAAGACGAGGAGCACUGUGGCUCAUCGGCCAACCAGAUCAAUGAGGAAAUGCAGAGGAUGCUGAACCAGCUGCGUGAAUGUGAGUUUGAGGAUGACUGUGACAGUUUGGCCUGGGAGGAGACAGAAGAAACGCUCCUUCUUUGGGAGGACUUCCCAGGAUGCACUCUGCCUCCUGAUCCCACCCACCCACCAGGAGAGGAGGACACUCUGGAAAAGGUGAUUAACGACACAGAAUGUCUGUUUAAGUCCCGAGAGAAGGAAUACCAGGAGACAAUUGACCAGAUUGAGCUGGAACUGGCCACAGCAAAGAGUGACAUGAACCGACACCUGCACGAGUACAUGGAGAUGUGUUCGAUGAAGAGAGGCCUGGACGUGCAGAUGGAGACCUGCAGGAGACUCAUCACACAGAGUGGAGACAGUAACUCUUCAGCACCUGCAUCCUCUGAGGAGAGCGACCAGAGAGAGAACGACAAGUCUUCAACGUCUCCACCUCCUUCCUCAACCGCUGGGAGAUCCUGACACCUCCUCACCCCGGCAGUAACUGAGGCUGUGGUCAUGUGACCUCCACUUCAUCCAGCUAUACAGUACCACACCAACACAAUACACACCUGUAACAGUUAUGGCACCCUCAUGUUUACAUAUGAACUUCUUCAUUUCCUGACUCAUAUCGUUUGUUCUCGUGCUGUCCACGCAAAUCAUCUUUGUUGUGAGGAGACUUUGAGGACUGAAACUGUGAUUGAGUAGCAGAGCUGGAUGAGGCUGGAAGGUCGUGAAUUUACUGUUAGUGAAUGGGCUGAUGUCCCCCUGACGCAGUGAGGCAAUGCAGCGCUGUAGGCUGCUGAAAAGCAUAGCAUGACUUUUCACUCCACACUCACCAACAAACACUUGUAAACCUGUGUAUCUCUACCUUACAAUAACGGGGCACAUUUAAAUAACAGUGUAUCAUACAGUAACUCCGACAGCUUUAGAGCCAGCUCCCUCUCGACACCCUCUCAACAAACCAACAAAAAAACAGGGAGCUGAUUAAUUUCAGUCCAACAGUGCAGUGGUGGUAGUUUGACCUGGUAUUGAUAUAUGAAGAAGUGUACUGAUGAGCGUCAAAUGGGAGUUGAACUUGAGUCUUUAAAGUCUGACACGAUGUCAUGAUUCAGCAUUUUACUGCCUUACAGUGCUGCAGAUUGAGAGCUUGCUUUGUAUUUAUGUGGUAACAGAUUAAAUGAUGGACAAAGUGAAGGUAAGGUCAUUAAUAAAUCAUAACAUCUCUGCUUUAUUUAGCAAAACAUUGAGUGGAAAAAUCAUCAAAAUCAUUAAAAAAAAAAAAGAACCAAAAAAACAUUAGCUGUAAAAUGGAACAGCAGAG